GCGAGGGCUAGGCUAACCGCGGUCGUUCUGUGGACACCGAGCCGUUCUUCCUGAGUGUUAUCGCGGCUGGUUCGACUCCCCGCUGAGCCUGCUGUCCGGACGGGUUGUUCGACCCGAUUCCGCGGGUGUUCCGGCUCGGUUCGGCGGUUUGGGAUUCGUAGCUGAAAGCGCCGACUUUGACCACAAAGACCAGCUCUGACCUGCUCACCUGUGGCUUUUAUUAGGCUCCGUUUCCGUGUGUAGGGCCUCCCCGUAGCGAGCGCCAUGUCUUCUGAGCUGCUGGUGGACGUGGGCGAAGACCCGGCAACAGAUCAGCUGGGACAGCUGAAGCUGGCCCCCAUGGAGGACCCGCAGUGGCCCCCGGAUGAGCUCACACUCAGCAAGUCAGAUACCGACGUGUCGCAGGGCUUCGAUGCCAACUCCCCUCACGUGCCGUGGGACCACCCGUUCUACGACAUCGCGCGGCACCACAUCAUCGAGGUGGCCGGUGACGACAACUUCGGCAGGAAGGUGAUCGUCUUCAGCGCCUGCAGGAUGCCGCCUCAGCACCAGCUGGACCACCACAAGCUGCUGAUGUACCUGAAAGCCACGCUGGACCAGUACGUGGAAAGCGACUACACCCUGAUCUACUUCCACCACGGCCUGACCAGUCUCAACAAACCGUCUCUAGGCUGGCUCCGGGACGCCUACAAGGAGUUUGACAGGAAGUACAAGAAGAACAUCAAGGCUCUGUACAUCGUCCACCCGACCCUGUUCAUCAAGACGCUGCUGGUCCUCUUCAAGCCCAUCAUCAGCCUGAAGUUCGGCAGGAAGUUAAACUACGUGAGUUAUCUGAGCGAGCUGGAGGACGUGGUGAAGUGCGAGCAGCUGCUGAUCCCCCAGCGAGUCCGAGAGUACGACGAGAAGCUGAGAGCCUCCGCCAAGCCGAGCUCCCCGCCCCCCAUGUCCCCUCCUCGCAGCCCCCCCCUGCCCAACCAGGUGUUCGGGGUGCCGCUGUCCCAGCUGAGGCAGAGGGACCCAGACGGAGACCCCGUUCCCACGGUGAUGAAGGACACCAUCGGCUUCCUGUCAGACCAAGGUUUGGAGAUCGAGGGCAUCUUCAGGCGCUCCGCGAACGUGACUCUAGUGAAGGAGGUCCAGUCCAAGUACAACUCAGGUGAGGUGGUUAAUUUCCGUGACAUGGAGGACGUCCACCUGGCCGCGGUCAUCCUGAAGACCUUCCUGAGGGAGCUCCCCGAGCCGCUGCUCACCUUCCAGCUCUACAACGACAUCGUCAACUUCACCUCGGUUUCGACCGACUGUCAGCUGGAGGUGAUAAAGACGAUGCUGGAGUCUCUCCCAGAGGAGAACUACGCCUCCCUGCGGUACCUCAUCACCUUCCUCGCUCAGGUAUCGAACAACAGCGAGGUGAACAAGAUGACCGACAGCAACCUAGCGGUGGUGUUCGGGCCCAACCUUCUGUGGGGGCGUGACAACGCCAUGACGCUCAGCGCCAUCGGCCCCAUCAACAACUUCACCAGGGUGCUGCUGGAGCAGCAGCACCUGAUCUUUCAGUAACGGGGAAGGGUCCACACUCCAAAAAAGAAACUGAAAACGGACCUCGCCAUCGUUCUGUCUGGGUCUUUCUUCCUGUCCUGUCUUUGAGUAAGACGGUUGUUCCGGCGUCCAUCCGUCCAGGAUCUUCGCUGCAGGAGGCGGGACUUCAUUUUACUGCAUGGAUCCCCUCCCCCUCCCCCACGACCUGCCGGUACGAACCACCGUCUCCGACCAACAGUCAUCGGUUCCUCCCAGAUUCCUCCAUUCUGCCAAAGUCGUUCCCCACAUUCACCUCCACGCUCUUAUUUUGUAGUAUUUAAUUACUAUCAUUGAUAUGUUGUA